UGUUAUUCAGUAUAGUGGAUAUUUUUUGUGUAUUAUGUCAUACUGGGAUCCUCUGCAAUCUCAUGACUGGGGAAAUGAAGCUCCAUCUCACACCACCAUAGUCCGACUGAAGAAAGAUAUUUUGGAAAUAUACAGAGCGCCUCCACCAGGCGUUGUCAUCUUACCUAAUCCAGAUGAUAUAACACGAUUACAGGCCAUAGUAACUGGACCUUUUGACACUCCUUACGAAGGGGGAUUUUUCCUAUUUUACAUACGCUGUCCUCCUAAUUACCCAUUAAAGCCCCCCAGAGUAAAAUUGCUAACAACUGGUCUUGGAAUGGUACGUUUCAACCCAAAUUUCUACAAAAAUGGCAAAGUGUGUUUGAGCAUACUUGGAACUUGGUCUGGGCCUGGUUGGAGUCCCGCCCAAUCUUUAUCAUCUGUCCUUAUUUCAAUACAAUCUGUGAUGAACGAGUCACCGUAUCAUAAUGAACCGGGAUUUGCAAGUGAACGAGUAGCUGGUGACUCGAUGCGAUACAAUGAUUGCAUUAGACAUGAAACAAUAAGAGUUGCUGUUUGUGAUAUGGCGAUUAACAAUUCAUUGGACACUGAAGUUAAAAAAGUUGUGCAGUCAUCUUUUAUGGAAUAUUAUGAUUAUUAUGUUAGCACUUGUAAGAAUUUGAUGAAAAUGGAUGGGAGAACAAUGCAAGACCCAUUUAAUCAAAAUACAGGACAUUUCCGAUUUGGGGAAUUACUUGCCAGACUUGAGUCAAUAAAACAAACACUUUCUAAUAGUCCAUAUGUAGUUCCAAUGGAAACUGAUGAGCCAGGUCCGUCUCAUUAACUUCAAAAUUCAAUUAAUUUUUACUCUAUAGUCACCGUACUUUUAAGUUUAAUAAAUGGAAUAGUUCCAAAUCAAUAUCAAUGAUAUAAUAAUGUUUAUUUUUGUAUUGUUUAUGAGUAUAUCUUAAUAUAGUAUAAUAUAUCUUUUAUGUUAGUUUAUUGUUAAUUUUGCAAUCUUCAAUAUGAAUGCAGUGCAUAAACUGACAUGAUUUCAGUCGCCUUUGAGUUUAGGUUUUAUUUUUAAAACUCUCGCUACAUUAAACUUCAAUGUACGACACACCUCUAACUUCUAUUUCUAUGCUUAUUACAACUAUCGGUACACACGUUCGGCUGAUUACUUCAAAAAAUAAAAAUAACAUCCAAAAGCCAUUAUUAUGGAAUAUAUCUAUGCGCAGCUAAAAUAAAUUUGUGUAAAUUUGUUAAACUUUUUUGUUUUUUCAUCAAUUAAAAGUAUAGUCAUUCGAGAGCCACAAAAAUUUGGAUUGCAUGCCGUAUCGGGCCCGCAAGCCGCAAUUUGCGGACCACUGUUCUAAUGCAUUGUCACUUACAAGAUGCUGUAGUUUGUCUCAAUGUGGCCAACUCGCAUAUGUACCAGAUUUUAUUUCUCAACCCAUACUUAAUGUUCUUUUUGUUCUGUUUAAAACUGAUUGCUAACUUUUUGAUGAAAACGUUUUUUACCAUAUUAUUUCAUUGUCAG